AAACGUUUGCUCACCAUCCACUGCUCAUAAUUUGUAUUUGGUUCCAACCAAAGCAAAACAAAGCAAAGCAAAGCAACACUGUCUUACCAUCUUUGCACCAAGCUCACAAAUAUUCUUUUGCAAUCAUUCAACCCAACUUUCGACAUGUUCUUUUCCAAGCAGUUUGUCAUUCCUCUGGUUCACGCCUUGUCAUUUGUAGUUUCUUCUGGUCUUGAAGAAGAUAUCUUGACAUUCCCCACCCUUCGUGGACGAAUUCAGAGCUCAAAACCAAGUGGCUUUGACGAAAUGCCCAACCAGAAAGGCCAACACCGCAAUCUCUUGACGACGCUGCACGAUGAAAGCUGGCAGUGGGGAAACCGCGGUGCCUUUGUCCGGAGAACAUUUGGUGCUCAAGUCCCAGCCAAUAGCUACGUUAUCUGUACGUUUGUUGGCGAGGCUAGAGAAGAUUGUGAUCUGUUUGCUGAUAUUGAAGCCUCGAGCAAUUGGCGAAGAAGCUGCACUUCCAAAGUUGGAUAUGGAGCCGGGGAGUUCGAACAGUAUUGUAGCUUUGCCGUUUAUGAAGACACAUUGAUUAAAGCUGAACUGGAUCCAGACUGCAGGAGCAGUGCCCCUGAAGAUUCUGGCUUUGACUUAACAAUAACCUGCGCCACUGAACCUUUCACUGAGAUUUCAGCAGGCGCUGAUGUUGGUUUCACUUUGGAAUACCUACAUGAGCAGGUCAACUACUUCAUCUUGCCUGAUGUUGAUGCAGACAUGGUCGUUGCAUGUGCCGUUUCCGAGACUGAUACAGGAAAUGCCAUUGACAUCAACCUGCAGGUUCAAUCCCGUAGCAGAGGGAGCGACCAAUGCACAGGUUCAACCUCCAGCACUGGCGUCGAAGCCUGUUCUAUGGAGAUGACAACUUCCGGUGAUAUCCUUGUAUCUGCUACUGCAGUGGAUAUGCCGGCAUCUUCAACUGUUGCAUUUGCCCUUCGUUGUGAUAUCGAUACAAAAGCACCUUCAGCUGCUCCAUCUGGAAGUCCAUCCAAGCACCCCUCGGCAUCUCCAAGCCAAGCGCCAACUGCCUCACCAACAUCUGCUCCAUCAAAACAGCCCAGCAAAGAACCAACCGAAACCCCCAGUGACAGACCCUCUGGAAGUCCAUCCAAGUACCCCUCAGCAUCUCCAAGCCACACGCCAUCUGUCUCACCAACAUCUGCCCCAUCAGAACAGCCCAGCAAAGAACCAACCAAAGCCCCCAGUGAAAGCCCCUCUGGAAGUCCCAGCUCUACGCCAAGUGCUUCCCCAAGCUUGACCCCCUCAGUGCAGCCAAGUGUCAUGCCAAGUUCUACGCCAAGUGUAGCACCAUCAGAUAGGCCAAGUACUGCACCAUCUGUUGCACCAAGCAUGCUCCCAUCAAGUUCUCCAUCCGCUGAGGAUUGCAGUGAUAGCCAAAUCCUCUGUGCUGAUGAUAAAGUUCCUGUUUGUCGUAUCAAGACUAACAAACCCAAAACCUUGUGUGUGCCAUUCCAAGCUGCUGCAUCUCUCAUCUUUGAUGCUGAUGCCAAAUGUGGCUGCUGCUCUUUGGCUGAUGAGCCCAACCGACCCGAUUAUUGCCCAUAAAGGAAAGAAUAUGCAUAGUAGGAUCAUCCCUCAUGAACAGUGGACUUCUUCUAGCUAGUUGGAGCAGCAUGUUUAAUAAUCUAGCAAUGAAAGUCGUUGGUUUGGUUAGCCUCACGUUUGACAGCUAGAAGCAGUAGUGGCU